ACACAGCAGCAGCAGCAGGCGGCGGAGGAAAAGGAGGCACUGUCACUGUGCCAAACCGGAUCCUGCAUGAGGAAGAGGCCAGGGACAGCCAGCCCCGGCUUCUAUUCUCCAGCCGAUAUUAAUUGCGUGGUUCAAGCCAGAGUGAGCCCGUAGGGGGCUGUGUUAGGGUCCAUAGGAUGUCCCGUCAUGAAGGACAGGGUAUUGGUCAAAAUGGUCCGUCUGUGAAUUGUCUUUCGUCAGGUGUGAGCUGCGAUGCGUGUUUGAAGGGUAACUUCCGGGGGCGGCGGUACAAGUGUUUAAUUUGCUACGACUACGACCUGUGUGCGUCGUGCUACGAGGCCGGUGCCACGACCACCAGACACACAACAGAACACGCCAUGCAGUGCAUACUAACCAGGGUCGACUUCGACCUAUAUUAUGGAGGAGAGGCCUUGUCAGUGGAGCAGCCCCAGGCCUUCACCUGUCCUUACUGUGGCAGGAUGGGCUACACAGAGACUUCCCUUCAGGAGCACGUUGCUACAGAGCACACAGAGACCUCCUCAGAGGUGAUCUGUCCCAUAUGUGCUUCGCUGCCCGGCGGGGACCCUAAUCACGUGACUGACGACUUCGCUGCUCAUCUCACACUUGAACACAGAGCCCCCAGAGACUUGGAUGAGUCGAGCGGGGUGCGGCACGUGCGUAGGAUGUUCCACCCGGGUCGGGGUCUAGGGGGGCCAAGGGCCCGUCGAUCCAACAUGCACUUCACCUCCUCAACCUCCGGGGGGAGCUCUACCACACAGACCUCUACACAGAGCUCCAACUACAACAGAGAGGCUAUGGAUCCUAUAGCCGAGCUUCUCUCCCAGUUGUCGGGGGUGCGUAGGUCGGCGGGUGGCCAGCUGAGUUCAGGUCCUUCAGCCUCCCAGCUACAGCAGCUCCAGAUGCAGCUCCAGUUGGAGCGGCAGCAGACCCAGGCUGCCAGACAGCAGUUGGAGACGGCCCGGAGUGCCACGGCCCGGAGUGCCACGCAACGCAGCAGCAGCCGUACCUCCACCAACGCAGGGCUGAAUGCCAAUCCCAGCCCAGGGCAUCACAACGCCAACCCCAGUUCUAACUCUACCAGCCCUAACCCAGGGCAUCACGAGUUCACCACACACACACAGCACAGCAACUCCCAGUUCCUCCUCAACAGACUGAGUGAACCACGGUUGUCGGAGGCGGAGCGCCAGCUGAGUGAGGGCCAGUGGGCGGACCGCUCUCUCUUCGUCACGGAGCUCCUCCUCUCCACCCUGCUGGCCGAUCCGGACCACAGCGAAGAUGACGAUCUCCGUGACUACCACGACGCGGUGAUCCGAGGUUCGGACGCGUUCAGUGAUUUCGGCGACAUGGGCUGCGUGGAGGUCAUGACCUUGGACGUGGCGUUGGAGAACCUCAACCUCCGAGAACAAAAGGAGCAGCAACCCUCGCCUCUUUGAUGACGUCACUGCUGGGUGCCGCCAUCACUACAACGCUUAAACCACCAACUGCUGUUACUGACCGUCGCUUGUCAACUGAAAGAAAUAAGAUUGCAGCUCUUUUUUUUUGGGGCUUCGGUUAUUAUUAAUUUCCUUUUUCUUUUAUUUGGCUGGGUGAUGUCAACUCACUUGUCACCCCCCCCCUCCCUCCCUCGACCCCACCCCACGUUGUGUACAUGAAGUCGGGAGCAAGACGAGGGAAUGUGAACGUGAGAGAGCGAGUGUCAUGAGCGAGAGAAUGAACUAUAUAUAAAUCUAUAUAAAUAAAUCUAUGAAAAGAAAGCCGAUAAUCAAUUCCGCAUCAAGCUGUGUGUGUUUGACCCUAACAGGGCAAGGUAGGUAGGUAACCGUUUUGAUAAUUUCUCAUAAACGAGUGCACAGACUGAGUGAGAGGAGGCGGCGGCAGGCGGACAGACUUCCCAGCAGGCUAAGCUGUUCUUUGUUUAUGGUUAUUAAUAAUAAAACGGUGCUUGACUGGUUUACCACAAGAAAUGUUGAGAUUCUUCACCCUCAACUGUCAGAGGUCUUCCAUUAAGCACCGUAUUAAAAUGGGGAGUUGGGUAUCAUAGAGAUUCAACUCAUUUCUCUUUUGGUCCUAUGAUAUCAUUUGUUCAGUGUCUAUGGGUACUUUCCUAUCCUGGGUGUUCAAUUCUACACUAAUUAUUAUUUUCCUAAGACUGUUGACUGAAUGGUUUUAGUCAUUAUUUAGCUCCUCCCCAUACCCAGGGUGAUGUCACUUAUGGGGCCAUGUUGCCUUGCUUUGUGCCAACUGAACUGUGGCCCCUUUUUGAAUUUCAUAUCGAGAGAAGCUGCAUACAGUUUGCAUAUGCACUACAUAAAGAGAUCAUAGACAUGCAACAUGGGAAGGCCAUUGGACAAUCACAUGAAAACUAACCUGAUUCUAUUCUCUCUCCUGACAGUUUCCUUGUUGUUUUUGCCGGACUGAUAGGCCUUUUCUCAAUUGGAUUUGCUCAACUCUUGCGUCCUCCCUCUUCCAUCAUCCUCUGGCCUCCUUUUGAAAAAGGUCAAAGGUAAUCGAGGAGAGGGGAAAGAGGACGAAAAUGCACCUGUAUAAAAUGACUCCUCCAAUCACGCGUCAUCAGGCAAAUUACGUUUACAGGGUGGAAUCCCAAAAUAAUAUGUAUAAAGUGAUAACUAAGAAAGCUAGUUGUGCAAAACAUUUUAUAGAUAAAAAGGACAAGUAGAAUAUAGUUUUAAAUGUUUGCAUGCUUUUCUUCGAGAAAACAGUAGCUGAUUCGAAGGGGGUGGCUGAUUUCAAAACUCUUCCACGAAGGACUCAGGGUAGGAUACACUUUUGCUUUCCUCGCCAAAAGGAGCCUAUUGAGGAGGGGAGGACCGUCUUCCAUUCGUCUACUAACGAAUUGACACUUCCACCACUUAUCGGUUUCCGGGUCGCAGAGGAGAAAGGACAAGACUUCUGCCUCUACUGCUACCUUAACAAAUGCAAUGUACUGUAUAAUGAUGACAUGGUUUGGGUGUUUGGAAAAGGCCAAAAGACAGAGUCAACUGUUCAACUUGGAGGAGAACAAUAAAAUUGUUUUGGAUGUAAAAUUAA